AUGCACGCGGGCUGGAACGGGCCACAAGCUGAGCCGUGCGGGCUGAGCUAUGAGAGGCGCAAGCUUGAACGCGGGCCACACGGGCUGAGACGGCUCGUGUGUUUUUCCUGCUCUUGCGAUGGGCUGCUCGCGCGAUCUUGGGCCUGCACUCACUUAGGCUUCACAUGUGCAACUGGGCUCGCUCAUAGUGGACACGGACCGCGCGCUUGGACUGAAGAUAGGCCUCAGCUGGGACGCGCGAUUUGGGACCUGGGCUGCGCGCUGGAAGGAGGCCUGCCGGACCUUGGCGCGGACUGCAGCGCUGGGAAGAUUCCGGCGAGUUGUCGGAGGUCGCUGGAGCUCCGGCCGAUCUGGCAACUAUCCAAGAAUGGAGAGUUUUCAGUCCUUAAGUCUUACUCUUUCCUGAUGGCCAGUAAAGUUCUGAAGACAAACAGUGCAGAAGAAAGAAACUCAGGUAAACACAAUAAGGAGAUUAAGCAUUUUCAAUGGAAAUGCUUUUCUGGUGUUCUACCAGUGAGCAUGAAUGGGAUUGAGAUUGAUGUGAUUUGUAAGAAUUGUGGGGAGACUAAGGAAUCUAUUGAGCACCUAUUUCUCAAAUGCAGCAAGGCCAGGAGAGUUUGGAAGCUAUCUCCUCUAUCUUGGGAUGGAAUUCAAGUGGAUAAUUGCAACUUUAGGGAUUUGUAG